AGCGCAUCCUGACUCUUGAUCUAGGCGCCCCGGCUCUCUGCUUAUGCAAUGUCCUUCACGUGCUGUCCGAUAAUAACCUCCAGUGAUCGGAGACUCUAUUAUUGAAACUUGAUUGAAACUACAACUAGAAUUCGACGUUCAAGUAUCUUCCGAACAUGGAGGAUACUGAGCCUGAAUGGAGGAACCUUAGACUUUCACUGGAGCGUCCGUACACGGAUGACUCUGGAAAGCCAGUCUCAAAUCUCCUUGACAUAACCCCAGAUGGACAACAAAUAUUCGAAGAGCGAGAGGACCUCACUGCAAAAGUCGAAAAGAACUUGAGGCGGAUUUUUCUCGAACGGGGGCAUGAUUUCUUCGACAAGGAUCCCGCAAGUCGGUCUGCCAUAGAACAACAGGCCGAGCAGCAAGAAGAAGAGGCAGCGAAAGAUGAGUCUGACAGCCUGCAACCAAUGACUCCGGAGGAGUUACGAGAUAUGCGCUUUGCGAUAUUUCCGCAACUUAAUGUUGCUUUCGGUGAGAUGUCCCAAGCAAGGGACCUGCUCACUCUUCUCCUUUACAAUGCCCCGACUCAGGAGCUACCUCCAAAUGUGACAAUACCGCCCGGUUCCUUGACUGCCUCGAAUGUGUCCAAGCCUCCGCCGAUCCAGUCGGUACAGACCUUCAAUACUCAAUUGGUGAUUGGCGGAAAAGAUCUUGCUCUUCGCAAAGCUGCUAGUUUAUUUAAGGCUGCUGCAGACCGAAUGGAAAAGGGUCGAGCCUCAAGCGAGGCAUACUGGGUCGAUGCUCUGAAGAUUAGAAAGGACAAUUGGGGUCUGAUUCCGGCCCCUUUACCGCCGGGCUCUGCAACCGGUAAAGGUGCGGACAGAUCUUCCAAAGACUUCUUAAUAUCGUUCGGCCUUGAGGAAUCGCCACCGGUGUUCAGGAGACGGGCCAUCGCCUGUAUACCCUAUAUUAGGUCUGGCGGUGGCAUCCUGGAGUUCCCUGGGAGACAGCACAACCGAUUACAAGUCUCUAUACUGUCUACGGACGAGCACGGUCAGAAGCAUACAGCGAGGAAUUAUUGGAACCAUGGCGAAGAACGGUCUGGGGAUGCUUCCCUUCGGGCCGCUCAGGCUGAAGUUGUUCAGCAAGAAAUCUUUGCAAUGCUAAUACGGGAGGCCAGCAACUUCCCGACAGCGUCGGCACGAGUAUCAGAGCGUCUGGUUGCUGUGGAAGCGACAGAAAAUAUGGACCUACGCUUCGAAUUAGUUGAUAAUGAUUUAAGUAACGACGACGCAUCUUCUUCUAGCGUUCACCAAGCAACAUGCGACUCGAUAUUCGCUGCCCUACAUCUAUUACUCCUUCGAGCCCAUAGUUUCCUCAAGUCCAAACGUCUCGGUCGGGUGGGCAUCGCCCACACGCUUGCACCAGGACCUGAUUCCAUACCUCCUCCAAUACUACAACCAGUGAUUGACAUGCUACAAUACCAAGCAUUUUGUGACCGUGUGUAUCAAGAAAUUGACAAGGUCGUCCAAGCGCUCCACCGUGCGGGCGUGCCAACGAAAGUGCAUUUGCGAGAAAUUGGAGAGAGCGGAGCUCAACUGGUAUCUCUGCUACAAAACGACGACCAGAUAAAGGUAGGAGGAGAAUGUCUACUGCGAAUUGAACAGAGGCAUACAAUGCGUUUCACUUUCAACUCGCCAUCUACCCUCAUAGCACAUCUGCCUCAAGCAACACUUCCAAUCGCGACCAUCUUCCAGUUGUCUCAACUUCUUGUUGAUGAGGUCACCGGGUGCCUAUUACAACGGAUAUGUGACAUUGGGACAGAACUAUCUGAGCAUGUGCAAGGAUCUUGGUUUGUCGAUCAUCUUGCAGGACGAAGUGUUGGCCGAUGGGAAGGCCAGGUACUUAACUUCGAAAUAUCAUCCUUGGGCGUUGGUGCAGUUCACUGCACCGCGGCGUUCUUGAGUCGCUCGACUGGGCCAAGCAAAAAUAUAUCAGAAGUAACAGAAUCAUAUAAUUCGGAGAAAGCACAAAGACCACUGUUGGACUGGGCGAGAGAUAUCAUUCACGCGGCCCUUCCCCAUACGUGACCUUGAUAUUCACUACUGUACUUACCUGCAUAUAUUGAGACAUUUAUGAUAAUGAUAUUGCAAUACUUGAAAUGAACCGACUCAUAGACA